ACGCACUAAGCAAUACACACACGCAUUAACCUCCAUAUAAUUGACUUUCCCGGCAUACACAGCACGUGACGAGCGCAUGGCAGGCUCAUCGGCGGCGGAGCUGAAGUUCACAGUGCGCAGGCAGCCGGCGGUGCUGGUUUCUCCGGCGGGGCCGACGCCUCGGGAGCUGAAGCGGCUCUCGGACAUCGACGACCAGGACGGGCUGCGCUUCCACGUCCCUGUCAUCUUCUUCUUCCGGCGUCAGGACGGCCCGCAGCACGACCCUGCGGCAGUGCUCCGGGACGCCAUCGCCGCGGCGCUGGUGCACUACUACCCGUUGUCCGGACGGUUGAGGGAGCUGGAGGGCCGCAAGCUCGCCGUUGACUGCACCGGCGAGGGCGUGCUGUUCGUCGAGGCGGAUGCCGACGUCCGCCUGGAGCAGUUCGGCGCCGACCCGCAGCCACCGUUCCCGUGCCUCGACGAGCUCAUGUUUGACGUCCCCGGCUCCUCCGCCCUCCUCGGCACCCCCCUCUUCCUCUUCCAGGUGACACGACUCGCGUGUGGAGGCUUUGUCUUCGGGGUGCGGAUGCAGCACACGAUAGCGGACGGGGCAGGGCUGGUGCAGUUCCUGUGCGCCGUGGAGGAGAUGGCAGGGGGAGCGGCGGCGCCGACGGUGCGGCCGGUGUGGGGGCGCGAGCUCCUGGAGGCUCCCCGCGACAGCGACCGGCUCCCACGCUCCUUCGCGCACCGUGAGUACGAUGAGGUCCCGGACACGAACGGCACCAUCGUGCCAGUCGACUCCAUGGCGCACCGCUCCUUCUUCUUCGGGCCCCAGGAGAUGGCGGCCAUCCGCUCCCACCUCCCGCCAUCUCUCCGCCGCAGCGCCACCACCUUUGAGGCCCUCGCGGGGUGCCUGUGGAGGUGCCGCACGGUGGCGCUGGCCCCCGGCGACGAGGAGGAGAUGCGGAUGAUUUGCAUCGUCAACCUCCGCGGCAAGAGCAGCAUCGUCCCACGCGGCUACUACGGCAACGCCUUCGCGUUCCCGGCCGCCGUCUCCACCGCUGGCAACCUUUGCAGGAAGCCAGUAGGCUACGCCGUGGGGCUGGUGAGGAAGGCGAAGCGGGAGGUGGACAUGGAGUACCUGCAGUCGGUGGCCCGGCUCAUGGUGAGGCGCCAGCGGCCCGGCAUCACGGUGGUUCGCGCGUACCUGGUGUCAGACGUCUCCAAGACCGGCAUCCGCGACUUCGACUUCGGGUGGGGCAAGCCGGUGUAUGGGGGGCCAGCCAAGGGCGGCGUCGGCACCAUCCCCGGGAUUGCAAGCUUCUUCAUCGCGUUCAGGAACGCCAAGGGCGAGGACGGCAUCGUGGUCCCUGUAUGCCUGCCCCACGCCGCCAUGGACAAGUUCGUGGAGGAGAUGGGGAAGCUUCUCAUGCCGGCCGAUAACAUCGUCAUGGCCACGACAGAGCAACUUGCCGGCAACAUGUUUUCCAUGAUCAAAGCCGCGCUCUGAAGACUGAACUGAACCGGCACUCGUUUGUGUGUGGAGAAAAAAAAAAUAAGCGGCGAAAGCUAUGAGAAAUCACAUUUUUAAAAUUUCAAUAUAAAAAUAGUUUGUUGGGAGGUGAUGUUGUAUACACGUUUCAAAUAUUGAGGCCAAACUCAU